CAACACAAGGUCCAGGAGUCUUCCUAACGAGGAAAUGGAAGGGGCGCUGGCCAGUGGCGAGGACCGCAUCGGUGCCCUCCCCGACGACCUCCUCCAGAACGUGAUGUCCUUCUUGCUUUCCCGCGACGCCAUGCGGACGUGCAAGUCCGUGCCUGCCCUACGCAUCGAGGAUGACCUUGCGACUGACUCCAACAAGUUCGUGGAUGAGCUGCUGCGUCUCCGUGACCCAGCGCCAUUGAACGUAUGUGACAUCUGUGAUGUGUCCGAGGAUUCGGAUACAGAGGAUCCUGAAACUUUUUGCGAGGAGGCAUACAAUCGCAUUGCGCCGUGCCUUCGGUAUGCUUUGUUGCAUCAAGUUCGGGUGCUACGAGUCUCUGCUCCUGUCUUCCCAACUGACCUGGUUCUCGUCUCUUCACACCUGAAGAGGGUAGAGCUUUGUCAUAUGCAGUUUGAAGACUCUCUGGAUUUUUCGAGCUGCCAGGUGUUAGAUGUGUUAGAGAUGACAGAUUGUAACAUCUAUGCGCCUAUCAUUUGCCAGUCAUUACGAUACCUUAACAUGAAAGGCGGAUGUUUUGACAAUGAAGUCCGCUAUCAUAUUUCUGCCCCAAAUCUCGUUAGCUUGAAACUAGCUCCAGAGUCGGGCCUGACUCCAUUGCUUGAUAGCAUGCCAUCACUGGUAACAGCAUCUGUUGAAUCUUCCGAAGAGGAGUUUCAUCACUGUUUUGCUUUGCUAUCAUGUGAUGAUGGAUGCACUAGGGAAGAAACAUUUUCUGUGGUUUUGGAAGGCUUGUCUGCUGCUACAAACUUAGAGUUGACAAGUGAUGAUCUGAAACAACGUGUGAAUGGAACAGAUGAAAGAUAUGCCCCAAAGAAGCAAUCAUUACCAUCGAAGCAUCUCAAGAUAGUCAAAAUCAUAUGUGGCCUGAUGAAGGACGAUGCUAGAGUUUACCGUGCUUUGAAGAUGCUCUGUGCCCAUGGAGUGCCUUUUGAGAAAAUUGACAUCCAAUAGAACCCUCUUCGGUUGUUCGACUGCUUCUAUAUCGAGCUGGGGGGUGGAGGCUUACUUACAGCUGUGCUGGUCUACUUUCUCUACGUCCCCGAAUCACAUCAUGAAGUUGCUGUGUUUUGCCUACCGGACCAGGAUCUCGUCCUAUAUUCGUCUGACAGAACUCGUAUGUAAACUGGUGUAUGUCUUGCUUGGAUGCAGCUGGAGCAAGUCGUUGCAGUUUCAUCGUAGUUCUGCUAGUUUAGUUUUGCUCGUUUCCUGAACUUUCCCCUCGCAAGGCCUGUAUUUUGCCAAGAUGCUUCAUCUAGCUUUAUUCCAGGAUCGCCCUAGGUUGUUUCCAGAUGUGUUAUACUAUAAAUUCCGUCUCCU